GUCUCACUUUCGUUCGAGCGAUGGCCGCAGUUAGAAGUGAAUUCCCAAGCGAACCGAUCAGUUAUAAGAACACCAAUACACCCACCAAUUCCGAUCGCCUGAGGUCCGUGAAAAAACGUGUGACCACGUGCCUGCAGCAGUUGCGCGAAAAACUCCCGGCAUCCGGAUCUUUUCGCAAGAGUUCUACCAGCCGUUUUUACCAGAUUUUUGUGAAGGCCGAUUUUUCCGCCUUUGGGCAGAGGUUUCAGAAGAUCUUUAAAUCGGCGCGAAAAACCGAAUCGCCGGAGUUGUGGAAAGUGCCGUUGGCCCAUGACGUCACUGGGCAGAGCAGCCAGCAAUUGCAAAUUGUAGCCAGACUUUUCUCAUCAACUCUGAUUUCCACCAAGGAAAUCACUUACAACAACCACAAAUAUAGCUUUAGUAGUAAGAAAAGCGAGAGCUACAGCAGCAACAUGACCAUUAUCGAGAGCAACUAUAUAACAGUGCGCGAGGAACAUCCCGAUAUCGAUAAGGAGAUUCGCGCCAUAUUGCUGACCCACGCCCAGAAUGGAAUCACGAUAUCGAACAUCAAGAGUGAAUAUCGAAAACAGACGGGCAACCCCUUUCCACUGCACGACAACAUAACGGACUUCCUGCUGACCAUUCCCAACGUGACCGCCGAGUGCAGCGAGUCCGGCAAGCGGAUCUUUAACCUGAAGGCAAGCCUGAAGAACCGUCACCUGCUCGAAAUGGUUCUCAACCAGAAGCAGCGCACCAGCGACUACAGCAGCGGAGCUCCUUCCGUGGAGGACAAACCACGUGCACCUCCACGUUACUGGAAGAAUCCAUAUAAACGGCGAACCCUUUCCCAGCUGGACAACAACCUGAACACCGUGCACAAACUGACGGAUGACCAGACAAAGGCGAUCAACACCAGGGCGGCUCCACUGCAGCAACUGGCCAAGGAGGCAGCGGAGUCGAACUGGUGCUACCAGGAUAAUUGGAAUCAUCUCAACAACUUUUACCAGCGAUCCAGCGUAAAUGAACCACAGAAACAGAUGCCGGUGCCCAUCAACAUAUACAGCGAUGCUACCGAGGAACCAACCCAUUUGAAUGUUCCCGACCAUCACCCACACUGCAAUAACCACAACCAGAAUCAGAAUACCAAACAGGACGUAGAUCACCAACUGGGAAUCUUUGUGCAGCCGUUCAACGAUAUGAACGUACUGAAGAGACGCCAAGAUAUGACGCCCACACCCACGACACUAUCGAGUGGGACCUACAACGAUUCGAUGCUGACGAUCAACUCGGAUUACGAUGCCUUUCUACUGGACUUUCCGCUGAUGGGCGAUGAUUUUAUGCUAUAUCUCGCCCGCAUGGAGCUCAAGUGCCGAUUCAGGCGUUACGAGCGAGUCCUGCAGUCAGGACUUUGCGUAUCCGGACAGACGAUCAAUGGCGCCCGGAUGCGGUUGAAGAAAUUUAAUCUUCCCGAGGGCACCCAGAUCAUAGUCAACAUUGGAUCGGUGGAUAUACUGCGGGGAAGACCUUUGGUUCAGAUCGAACAUGAUUUUCGGUUGCUGAUCAAGGAGAUGCACAAUCAACGAUUUGUGCCCAUCCUCACAAAUCUGGCACCGUUGGCGAACUAUUGCCACGAUAAGGAGCUGUGUGACAAGGUCAACCGAUUCAACAAGUUCAUCCGGAGCGAGGGCAGACACCUCAAGGUCGUUGACAUACACUCCUGUCUGAUCAACGAAAGGGGGAUAGUGCGAUUCGAUUGUUUUCAACACUCCCCACGCCAAGUCACCGGUUCCAGGGAACCAUAUCUGUUCUGGAACAAAAUCGGGCGACAACGCGUUCUGCAAAUUAUUGAAUCUAGUCUGGAGUACUAAGAAGUUGGGUUUCUCAUCCGAGAUAUAUAGACUGGGCUGGCACCGGAACCAACCGAGAAAAUAUUUGAUGAUUUUACCAUUUACGCUGAUGGCUCGCUGUUUUUACGGAAUUCGCUUAAUUUUAAUAUGUUUUAUAUGUAUGUCCUUACUGUCUUUGUUAAUAUGUUUAUGUUCGUGCACUUGUCUUAGUCCCUAAUUGUAUAAAAUUGUGUGUUAUGUGUUCUGUGUUAGAUUUUAACUUCUUUAUUUUCGACUGAUUGUGAUUUAUUUUGCACACCCCAUUGAUUUUCUGCACACUUUUUGCUGCUGUCCCAAAAGCUGUGUAAAAAAUCGAAUGCGAAAUAAUUGCAAGCAGUGGAAAACUUUUCGCUUUUCCUAAACCAUUUUCCCUUGAAAUCUACAUUUUAAAUCGGAUUGCAAGGCAAAAUGGAAUUUAAAUGCAAAUCAUUGCAAAUGUUAUAAACUGUUUUUUGUUCCACUUUUUUUGUGGGCCAAAAUGCUUCAUGCUCCUGUAUAGAAACCGGCCACACCCCCUAGAAAAGGGCGGUGUGGGCGUGGUCUACAUACAUUUGAGCCAUGCUGGAUUUUGGCCGUAAUGAAAAUGCACUUGCUUCACUUGGAAAAUUCGCUUGCACAAAAUCAACGCCGCGGCUGAUUUAUUGCUCAAGCAAAUUCAAGUGAAGCAUUUGCGCGAUUUUCGUCUUCCUGUUUCCGUUGAAAAAAAGUUUAUAAAAAGCUUACACUCUGCUGCAGACACGCCACCGGAAGUGCGCACUAAACGUCUGUUUGUAGCACAGUGUAGAAUUACUGAGUAAAUUACUGCCCUAUUCUUAACUCUUCUAGAUAGCUAUCUACUAUUUAUAAACUUAUUUAUUGUAUUGAAUGUAUGUUAAUUGUAUGUUUGAUGGUGAUCACGUUUUUUUUGUCCUAUAACAAGAUGCAAUGUAAAAUCCAAAAAAAAAAUGAAAAAAUAAUAAAACAAGGAAAACAAUAA